UGACAUUUGAAUAAGACGGGAUUUCUGGGGAGAUCUAGCCAUUAGUGCUGGUGCCGGUAUACUAAACGACUGAAUAUGAAGCUAGACUUUGAUACACGGGCAAAAAAGGGCCAGAAAUGGUACAUUGGUCUCGGAAUGGAGGGAUCCGCAAAUAAGUUAGGAAUAGGGGUGGUGAAGCAGCCGGUCGGAAAUCCGGCGAUCAAGGAGAACCGUGCCGUGAUCAUGAGCAAUGUCAGAGACACAUACAAUGCACCACCGGGUCAGGGGUUCAUGCCUCGAGACACUGCCAGACACCACCGCAACUGGGUAGUCCGGCUCGUCAAACAAGCCAUUGAGGAAGCCGGAAUCACGUCAAGCGAUAUCGACUGCAUAUGUUUCACACAGGGACCAGGGAUGGGUGCUCCCUUGCAAAGUGUGGUGGUAGCAGCUCGUGCUCUAAGUUUGAUGUGGAAAGUGCCGUUGGUCGGGGUGAAUCACUGCAUAGGUCACAUCGAGAUGGGCCGGGAGGUGACAGGUGCCGACAACCCAGUGGUGUUGUAUGUCAGUGGAGGAAAUACACAGGUGAUUGCCUACAGCAGACAGAGGUAUCGUAUUUUUGGAGAAACCUUGGACAUUGCGGUCGGGAACUGCUUGGACCGGUUUGCCAGGGUGUUGAAGAUCCCCAACGACCCGUCCCCGGGCUACAACAUUGAGCAGUUGGCCAAAGGCGGAAGCAAGUUCAUCGAGCUCCCGUACACGGUCAAGGGCAUGGACUUGAGCAUGAGUGGGAUUUUGGAGUACAUCGAGGAGAUUGUGCGUCGAGGAACCGAGAAGGUCGAGGACCUCUGCUACUCCUUGCAGGAGUGUCUCUUUGCGAUGCUCGUGGAGAUCACCGAGCGUGCGAUGGCCCACGUGAACUCCAGGCAGGUGCUUAUCGUCGGGGGUGUUGGCUGCAACGAGAGGUUACAAGAGAUGAUGGGCAUAAUGGCCCGUGACCGUGGCGGACACGUCUACGCCACCGAUGAGCGGUUUUGCAUCGAUAACGGAGUGAUGAUUGCCCAGGCCGGGAUUCUAGAGUACCGCAUGGGCGCUGAGUGUGCCGUUGAAGACAGUAUCUGCAGCCAGAAGUUUCGGACCGACGAAGUCUUUGUCAGGUGGAGACAGUAGUUUCCGUAGUGUCCGUAAUGUGUAUACCUUUUUGUGUAGUUUUCAUCUGUACAGAAAUGAAAUGUUGAAAC